GAGUGACCUACUUUAACUCUGAUUUAACGGUCGAGAUUUGACGUCACGAGCGCGUGGACGGAGAUAAAAACAAACAACAAAAUAUUCUGGGUCGUCAGCUGACCACAGGAAAUCACCUGGUUAUCGGGAUAUAUCGUCUGCUCUGACUAAAGAUGGCAACCAAAGCACACCCAGUCAACACAAACAAAGCAGUUUUGGACAGAUUUCUUCAGCUCGAACAGCCCAAGGACGCCUGCCAGGUGGAAUACAUCUGGAUAGAUGGCUCUGGGGAGGGGAUCAGAGCUAAGGGAAGGACCUUGAACUUUGUCCCCAAGGAACCUAAAGAGUGCCCAGUGUGGAACUUUGAUGGUUCCAGCACCCAACAGUCUGAAGGCUCCAACUCUGACCUCUAUCUGUAUCCAGUUGCCCUCUUUAAGGACCCCUUCAGGGGAGGCGACAACAAGCUCCUACUUUGUGAUGUCUACAAGUAUAACAAGGACCCAGUUGAAAGCAACAGAAGGAAAACAUGUGCAGAGGCCAUGGAGCAGGCCAAAGAUGCUCACCCUUGGUUUGGCAUUGAGCAGGAAUAUUCUUUAUUAGAUUAUGAUGGCUACCCACUUGGCUGGCCCAAGAAUGGUUACCCUGGACCCCAAGGCCCAUACUACUGUGGUGUUGGUGCCAACAAGGUCUAUGGUCGUGAUGUUGUAGAGGCCCACUACAGGGCUUGCUUGUAUGCUGGCAUCAAGAUUUGUGGGAUCAAUGCUGAAGUCAUGCCUUCCCAGUGGGAGUUCCAAGUUGGACCCUGUGAGGGAAUCUCAAUGGGGGAUGAGCUCUGGGUGGCCAGGUACAUCCUCAACAGGGUGGCCGAAGAGUUUGGCAUUGUUGUCACCUUUGACCCCAAGCCCAUGACUGGGAACUGGAAUGGUGCUGGCGCCCACUGCAACUACAGCACAGAGCCAAUGAGGAAGGAUGGUGGCAUUGAUGAGAUUGAGAAAGCCAUAGAGAAACUGAGCAAGAAACAGAAGGAACACAUUGAAGCCUACGACCCUAAGAAUGGCCUGGACAAUCAGAGGAGGUUAACUGGUGCACAUGAAACCUCCAGCAUCUACGAGUUCUCCGCAGGUGUUGCCAACAGAGGUGCAAGUAUCCGCAUCCCCCGUCAAGUGGCUGAGGACAAGAAAGGCUAUUUGGAGGAUAGACGACCUGCCUCUAACUGUGAUCCUUACCGUGUAACAGAGAUGAUUGUCAGGACCACUCUACUGGACAACUAACUCUCUAGCUCAUUUCACCACUCUACAUUCCAGAUCGCAGGGUUUUACUUUUCUAAAUGCUUUGACGUCAAUGAUUUUUUUUUUUAGAUGAGGUGUUAAAUGUGUGUAAAUUACUAACCAUAACAUUUUUAAACAAAACUAAUUUUAAUAUUUAAAAUUAUGUUGUGUAAAUUCUUGUAAUAAUAAAAAAAAAAUCCCCCCCCCUCCCCCAAUCUCUGUAUGAAUGAUGUACAUUUAAACCCCUUCAACCGUACCACAAAGGAUGCACAGCUAAUAUGUAUUUUAGUUUUAGUUUGGGUUUGAUGUGUAUAAAAAUGAAUACAUUUUUGUAAGGACUGUCAUAACAAUUUUAUCAUUAUUUUCAUCUGUUAAUGCACAUCUUAUUUUAAAAGUAGAUUCAUCCAAGUGCAAUGAAAAUACAAUAAGUUUAGUGCUAUGUGUAACUAAAGGCAGAGGAGUGCUAGACUUGUAUUUGAGAUUUUUCUAGUUUCAGUAUAGCUCAUAUUUGUUUUUGUAUAUAAAGAUUAUUAAAAAGUGUGACCAAGUGUGAAACAAUUCAAAUGGUUGUAAACAUUAAAUCUGAUUAUGUUCUGAAAGAAAAACUAUUAGUAUGGAUGAGUGUUUGUUAAUGUCACAUGUAUAUACAUAGGGUAUUCAAAGCCGAACAACUCAAAUAUAAAAGGCAUAUACAGAAUUGUCUUUCAUCACAUAUCUGCAAUGGUAAAAUAAAUUUUUUUAAAAACUUGUACAGGUCAGUGUGUUGUGUGAACUGUUCUCAAGUAACGAAACAAUUAAAAGAUGUCUAACAGAUGUGUCAUGUUGGUUUGUUUUUUAACGAGGGAGAUUACUGUAAAACAUUACAAAUGUAUAUUCAUGUAUUUGAUGGAGAUUUCAUGGGAGAAAAUUUUUCUUUUUUACCAAGUUGUUGAAUAAAAUUUUUACCAAUGUU